AUGGCCAACAAGACCAACGAGCAGGUCGUCACCGAGACCUACUCGGAACGUUCCGCAAUCGCUGAUGGAAUGACCUCCGGUGCUGCGAGCGCCGGCGCUGGUCUCCUGGUCAGUGCCAUCCAGAACAGUGUGCAAACCCACAACAAGGGUGCGCUCGGUGUCUUCACCCGCACAGGUAGCACCAUCGCCCUCUUCACUGCGAUGGGAGGUAUCUUCUCGUACACCGAUGCGACCGUCGCCAACUUCCGCCAGAAGGACGAUGCCAUCAACGGAGCCAUUGGUGGUUGCGCCGCCGGUGUGGUUCUCGGCGCUGCCGCUCGCUCGGUCCCCAUGAUGUUCGGAGGUUGCGCCAGUCUCGCCGCAUUGAUCGGCACCUUUGACGCGGCGGGCAAGUCGCUUUCCGGUGUCUACGCACGCCCCUCGCCAAAUGACUUCACACACUCCGACCACGACGCAUCGCAUGGCACGCACGAGCUCAGCUGGAAGGAGGCACGCGAGGCCCGCCGUCAAAGCUUCUUCAAGCAAAAGAAGGAAGACGUCGAGUCGGACGCAUAG